CUCUGCUCUCACCUCCAUCUUGUCUCGGGCCUCGGACCUCCGAUUCCUCUUCUCCGUCGUCCACACACGCGUCGAUACCGCGUCCUCGCGCUUCCCUCUCACCACUUGGACACUCUGGAGAGCAGCGCAGGUCCGAUCUUACCCUGCACCUGCGCGGUGCCCUCCAAUUCGACAGGUCCUUUUCGUCCGCCCUCCAUCCCUCCCUACCCCUGUCACGCACACUCUACACGACCGCGACACCGCCGCGUUGGUCCGUCACCAUGUCCGCUGCGCCGCCCUCACGGACAAUGUACAACGGCUCCGGUAACGGCCCCCUCUCCAACGUGCAAGAGCAUGAGGACAACGCAGGGGAUGGGCAACGCGCCCCAAGUCGCGAUUACGCCGAACCACUCGAACUGCCCGAGUUACCUGAGCUAGACUUCGGAGACACCAUUAUGCCCUCCACCCUUCCUCCGUCUUAUCAGGCCGCAACAGCGGCCGCAGCCUCUCCCAUCAGCCCAUCGCCUGCUACAACACCCAUGCCACAACCGCAGAUUCCCCAGCAUGCCGCAUACACCCACAGGCGUGUUGGAUCAGGUGCCAGCGGGCGCGACCAACCCCCAUACGCUCCUGUCGACUAUCCGAGCCAGCUAUCAUACGACUACUCGGACAGCCCACCUCCAGGUGACAGCCGGUUCUCCACACACAGCUCGAACAGCAAUGACCUGAGCAGCGACUUCUCAAACAUGCGGUUGACAAGUGCAGAUCCGCAACCCCGUGCGCCCGCCCCGUCAGCGUACGCUGGACCAUAUGGACAGCUGGCGGCUUCUGGCCUUCCUCCUCGAGGGCGCUCUGUGACUGGUGGGUCGCGCCCGGUGCAACACGGCGAUCCUUCGGCGAGCGUCUACAGUCUCGACACGGGCAUGAACGCAUACGCACAGCCCCCAGUUCCGCAGCAGCGGCAGAUGGGGUACCCCGGGGGCGGGCCACCUCCUAGUCGAGUACCUACAAGCGGGUGGCCAAAUCAGCCGCAGCCUUAUCCUCCUCGAGGACCAGGACAAGCGCCGGCGUCGCCCAACGUCAACAACCCGUACUACACAGCCGCGAACGAUUUUGUUGGGUUGCCGCCAGCCCAGGGCAUGGGCGGACCAUUCGCAGGGCCUGGAGGUGUCGCCGGUCCUGGUGGCCCCGGUCCUGCCCCAGGGCCAUCAAGGCAGCCCAGCAUGUCCACCCUCGUGCGGACCAAUACAUCUCGCUCGACCCUCUCCCUCUCGUCCAUCUCUUCUGCGCCUAGGAUGCCCAUCGAGUCGGUGGGGGCUUCAUCAACACGCCGACGCGGUGGAGCUGCCGCGAUCGAUGUCUCCAAGCCGCCAUACACACGCGAGUUUGUGGAAGACUACCGGAAUCGCAUGAAGGUUGACCCCGACCCAGAGGCGCAAUUUGCAUUUGCCAAAUACCUCAUCGAGGCCGCCAAGAAGCUUGGAGACGAAAUCUCCUCCACCGAUCCCCGACAGGGUCGCAAAUACCGCGACUCACUGCUCGCCGAGAGCCUUCGCAAUGUCAAGAAGUUGGCCGAGGGCAAGGAACCUUAUGCCGACGCUCAGUUCUUCCUCGCCAACCUGUAUGGCACCGGACAGUUGGGCUUGCAGGUCGAUCACGAGAAGGCCUACUACCUUUACCUCAUGGCUUCCAAAUUGAACCACCCUGCCGCGACGUACCGUGCGGCCGUGUGCUGCGAGCUGGGUGCUGGGACCAAGCGCGACGCGAACCGCUCGGUGCUUUUCUACCGCAAGGCCGCCGCGCUCGGCGACACAGCGGCAAUGUACAAGCUCGCGCUGAUCCUACUCAACGGGUUGAUGGGUCAUCCGCGCAACCCACGCGAGGCCUUGGUAUGGCUGCGCCGCGCAGCUGCGCAGGCCGACGAAGACAACCCGCAUGCGCUGCACGAGCUUGCUCUUCUUCACGAGCGGCCAAAUAACGGCUCGGGCGGCGUCAUCCCCCACGACCCCAUUGCUGCGCGCGAGUAUUUGACCCAAGCGGCUCAGCUCGGCUAUGCUCCAGCGCAGUUCAAACUCGGCUCGUGCCAUGAGUUCGGUACGCUAGGCUUCCCUAUCGACCCUCGCCGCAGUAUUGCGUGGUACACCCGCGCCGCGGAGCGCGGAGACGCCGAGGCUGAGCUCGCCCUCAGCGGCUGGUACCUCACUGGCUCGGAGGGCGUGCUCAAGCAGUCUGACACCGAGGCGUACCUCUGGGGUCGCAAGGCCGCCAACAAGGGUCUCGCCAAGGCCGAAUACGCUGUAGGAUAUUACACCGAAAUUGGCAUAGGUGUCAAGCAGGAUAUGGAGCUGGCCAAGCGAUGGUACAUGCGGGCAGCGAGCCAAGGCAACAAGCGCGCGAUGCAGCGCCUCGCAGAGCUGAACAGCAACCGCAACAUGAAGGGCAGCGGCAAGCGGCCAACACGUAAGGAUGCGGAAGGGGAGUGUGUAGUCAUGUAGGCUGGCCGAUAGAGUGGUAAUGGUAAUUCAUAGGUGGAUUGUCUUGUACAGCAUGCACAUCGCCGUGUCUCACA